UCGGUGCUAAAUUCACAGUAGAAAAAAUAGCACUAAUCGUGAAGUUAUUUUUUCACUGUACAAACUUUAACAUUGGACCUCCAUGACGCGGCUGGACUGAGGAGGACGCCAGCCAUCACAGGCUGAAGCAGUGAUUACCUCGUAGAAAACAUUAAAACGUCGCCAGCUAACAGUUAGCAGACAGACAAACGUCCCCCAGGACUGGCUGAAUAUUUCCAGCCUGUGUUUUCCCUCCGUGAGCCAGUCAGACAACCCACCGGCAGACCCCCAACGAAGCAAAGAUAUGCAGUUGUCAGAGCAGCGUUGACAGGCCUGACUCUGGUUUAACACGGCCAUGGAGUCCUCCUCUGAGUCCCAACAGGAGCCUGAGAAAACUUUGCACCAUGCAGAGUUGAGAGAGCACCAUGCCACCUCCGCUGCUGUAGUUUGCAGUGAUGACACCGUCCUUCUGACCCCAGGCAGGAUGAGCCAGCGCCAGGUGAAGGAGCGGGAUAAAGAGAGGGAGAAGGAGGCGGGCCUCCAGACGCCCAACAGGGAGCACGUUGCCACCCCUUCAACCCUCAGCCCAGGGGUCAGCUACAGCCACGGUUUCGAGAGAGGGAAGGAGGACCUCUUGCCUCUGCCUUUGAAAGAGGACUCACAUUCCAUAUCUAAGAGCAAGUCUGAAACAAAGCUGUACAAUGGCUCAGACAAGGAUGUGUCCACGUCUGGAGGAAAGCUCACCAAGAAAGAGUCUCUCAAGGUGCAGAAGAAAAACUACAGGGAAGAAAAGAAGAGAGCAACCAAGGAGCUGCUCAGCACCAUCACUGAUCCCUCCGUCAUCGUCAUGGCCGACUGGCUGAAGAUCCGUGGCACUCUGAAGAGCUGGACCAAGCUGUGGUGUGUGCUGAAGCCAGGGGUCCUGCUCAUCUAUAAAACCCACAAGAACGGCCAGUGGGUGGGAACGGUGCUGCUCAACGCCUGUGAGCUGAUCGAGAGGCCCUCCAAGAAGGACGGCUUCUGCUUCAAGCUCUUCCACCCGCUGGAGCAAUCUAUCUGGGCCGUCAAGGGUCCGAAAGGAGAAGCAGUGGGCUCCAUCACGCAGCCAUUACCCAGCAGCCACCUGAUCUUCCGUGCUGCCUCUGAGUCAGAUGGCCGAUGCUGGAUGGACGCCUUAGAGCUGGCCCUGAAGUGCUCCAGUCUGCUGAAGAGGACCAUGAUCCGCGAGGGGAAGGAGGACAUGAGCACAGUCGCCACUGGCGGAGAACACUCCAUUAAUUUCUACAGCCUCCUCCGAGCCCACAACAUGCAUGGCUUCCAGUUCAAUGACAGCGACCAUCUGAAAGACCCAGACUUGUACUCAGACAAGUCAGACCGGGAGGGAGAGCAGGACCACGAGGAGUCAGACCCAGAAGGCCUGGAGAAGAGUGAGGAGAGCGACAGCGACACGUCAGAGCGCCAAGAUGACUCCUACAUUGACUUGGAUCCUAACGAACAUCUGCGGGAAACCCCAUACCUGGAACAGUCCCAUGAGGAACUGGGAGAGGCUGGGGAGGCUGCCCAGACAGAGACGGUAUCAGAGGAGAACAAAUCUCUGAUCUGGACUUUGCUGAAGCAAGUCCGACCUGGCAUGGACCUGUCCAAGGUGGUUUUGCCCACCUUCAUCCUGGAGCCAAGAUCUUUCCUUGACAAACUCUCUGACUACUACUACCACGCAGACUUCCUGUCAGAGGCUGCAAUCGAAGAGAACGCCUACAACCGGAUGAAGAAGGUGGUGAAGUGGUACAUCUCUGGAUUUUACAAAAAGCCAAAGGGGUUGAAGAAGCCUUACAACCCAAUUAUAGGGGAGACGUUUCGCUGCAUGUGGCUCCACCAGAAGACCAACAGCAAGACCUUCUACAUCGCAGAGCAGGUAUCCCAUCAUCCUCCAGUGUCAGCCUUCUAUGUCAGCAACAGGAAGGAUGGAUUCUGCCUCAGUGGCAGCAUCCUGGCCAAGUCCAAGUUUUACGGAAACUCCCUGUCGGCCAUAUUAGACGGGGAGGCUCGGCUCAAUUUUCUCAACCGAGGAGAGGACUAUGUGAUGAACAUGCCCUAUGCCCACUGUAAAGGCAUCCUGUAUGGCACCAUGACCCUGGAGCUGGGUGGCCAGAUCACCAUUGCAUGUGAGAAGACGGGCUACAGCGCUCAGCUGGAGUUCAAACUGAAGCCGUUCCUGGGCAGCAGCGACAGUGUCAACCAGAUCUCUGGAAAGAUCAAGCUGGGGAAGGAGGUGUUGGCUACGUUAGAAGGACACUGGGACAGCGAGAUCUUCAUCAACGACAAGAAGACGGGGACGGUGGACACUUUCUGGAACCCGACACAAGAGCUGAGACAGAGUCGACUGACCCGCUGCACCGUCCCACCAGAGGAGCAGGGAGAGUGCGAAUCAGAAAGACUGUGGCAGCACGUGACCCGGGCCAUCAACAACAAGGACCAGACGGAGGCCACCAACGAGAAGUUCAUUCUGGAGGAAGUUCAGAGGAAGUCGGCCCGCGAGCGGAAAGCCAAAUGCGAGGAGUGGAUCCCUGCCCUGUUUGAGCAGGACUCCAUCACCGGAGAGUGGCAUUACAGAUAUGCCGACACGAGGCCCUGGGAUCCACUCAACGACCUGAUCCAGUUUGAAAAAGACGGCUGUAUCCAGACCAAGGUCCGACACCGCACCCCUAUGGUACGUUCUGGCAGUCUUAUUAGUCUGAGUAACCAGGGGCCGCGGAGGGACAAUUGCAAGUGCCAGGUAACGGUGCCAAAGAGGAAACACAAGAGUGACAAGCCCAAAAGCCCAGAGAGCGGCUGCUCGUCACCUGAACCCGACCGUCAAGACUCGUCUGGCAGCGAACGACAUAAAAGUAAACACAACAGUCGUCUGAGGAAAAAAGGAGCCGACCUCAGUGAACUUCAAAGUGCCAUUGAAUCUAUAAAGCAGACGCAGGAGGACAUUAACAGGAGCAUCAGCGUCCUGCGGAAUCGUGCAGCGGGCCGGGUGGAGGGCGGCUCCUUCCUCCAGCAGCGCGACUACAUCAUCAUCGUUUUCCUCAUCCUCCUUCAGGUCCUGAUCAACUAUGUCUUCAAGUAGCAGCCAUACCCCACGGAGAGAGUGAUGCCCUUAGACACACACACACACACAAACACACAUACACACACACACACACACACACACACACGCACACACGCAGUCUCACACUCUCUGAGCCUUAGGCGUCACAAUGGGGUACAAAGAGACGUGAACUUUCAAAAUAAGUGACUACAACAGUGUCCUCCAACUCUCUUCUUCUCUGUUAAAUCCAACUGCACACGUCCAGAAAAGUGGAGACUUCAACACAAAAGGAGACUUUUUAAAACUCGUAUUUAUUUUGAACCAGUCCAUUCCAAAACUCUUGAGAGGAUCCACAGAUUUCAAAGCGGAGGGGAGCAGCGAUGAGGAGAAGCUGUUGGAGGUGAGAUUUUGGUCUCGACUGCCACUCUGGAGCUUUCUGAUUUGCCUUGAUGUAAGAGGCAAAGACAGCAGCCAUUUUUUUUAGCUGUUCUUUGUUUUGUUUUGUUUUUUGUUUUGUUUUGUUUUGUUUUUUUCCAAUGGAGUGAAACUACUCUGUUGAUUCACAUUUCACCUCAAAUGACAGGGAACCUUUUAACACAGAGACGAAGUCCCACGUCUCAGAUGGUAACAAAGAUAAAAAAAAAAAACUAACUUUAAUUUUAAUGUUUUUUAUUGUUUUGUUUCUUUGCUUGGUGUGUCCUUUGUGAAUAGGGGUCUGCUUGGAACAAAAAGUGUUGAUAAGGGAGAAAAAAAAACAAAGUGGUCCAAAUCUAUGUGAGUUUUAUUUUUUUAUUAUCACAUACUUUCAUAUCGUCUGGGUUUUUAAACGCGUGGAAAUAGAGUCAGAAAGACAAAUAACACAAGUGAUAUUGUCAAAAGGAACAGAAGCUAUAAUUUCUGCUGUAUAAUAAAACUUCACCCUUUGCAUACAAAGUCAAUGUUAAAAAAAAAAAAUUCAGAUGUUUGACAUAACAUCAUUGUAUACUGUAGGUAGCAUGUACAGACGGGAGCGUGGUUAGGACAUUAGCCCGUUGUACAGUGUUUUGUUUUAAGGCACAAAUGCACUGGAAAUGUUUGUAUUGUUAAUACAUUUUUAUCAGUUCAACUUGCGCUGAAGUUGAUGUCACAGAACUUUUAUAUUUCUGCUCUGAGGAGGUCUGGAGGACCAACAAAGAGUUCAGUGACCACUGCCCUAGUUUCAGGUAAAGGGUGUUGGAUAUGUUCAGUGAUUGUAGUGAGACGUUGGCUUUAGCAUGAUAAAACAGGGGUUCACCAAAGCUAAGUGAUGCAGUCUGACGCCCUGUUCAGACCUGGUAUUAACAUCUGUCUCAGGUGAUCACAAGUGGUCAGCUCUAAGACCAC